CAUCUUCCUCAUAGUAUUUGGCCGAGGUCAGCACUCUUCCACCACAAUGGCGGACCAAAAACCCCCUACCUCUUCGCCUGAAAAGGCCACAGAGGCGGACACCACCACCACCACCACCAUCCCCCAAGCCCAAGCCCAAGACGACGUCGUCCUCGUCGAAGCCAAACACGCCGCCGACACCGAGCACGAAACGACCCUCCUCCGCGCCAUCAAGCUCUACCCCAAAGCCAUCGGCUGGUCCGUCCUACUCUCCUCAACCUUGAUCAUGGAGGGCUACGACCUCGCCCUCCUGGGGAGUUUAUACGCCUCCCCCGUCUUCAACAAGAAAUUCGGCGAGCUCAACCCGGCCACGGGCAAGUACGCCGUUUCCGCUGCUUGGCAGUCGGGUCUGUCCAACGGGGCAAGAGCUGGAGAGAUCUUUGGUUUGAUCUUUGCUGGAUGGGCGGCUGAUCGGAUUGGGUACAAGAAGACGACGAUUGCGAGUCUGGUGUUGAUGAUUGCCUUUAUUUUUGUCUUGUUUUUUGCGCCGAAUGUGAAGGUGUUGGUGGUUGGGGAGAUUCUUUGUGGUAUCCCCUGGGGUGCCUUUCAGAGCGUUACACCCGCCUAUGCCUCCGAGGUUGCGCCGAUGGUGCUUCGCCCGUACCUGACAACCUUCAUCAACAUGUGUUGGGUAAUUGGCCAGUUCUUCGCCGCUGCCGUCAACAAGGGCUCCCUGGGCCGGACCGAUCAGUGGGCGUACAGGAUCCCCUUUGGCGUGCAGUGGGUGUGGCCGAUUCCCAUCCUCGCCGGGCUCGUCUUUGCUCCCGAGUCGCCUUGGUGGUAUGUCCGACAUAACAGGAGGGAGGAGGCCAAGCAGUCGCUGCUCCGUUUGACCUCGAGGAAUCAACCCGGAUUCAACGUGGACGAGACGCUGGCUAUGAUUGAGCAUACCAAUGAGCUCGAGAAGCAGCUGAAGGAGGGUGUCACUUUCAGCGAUUGCUUCAGGGGUAUUGAUCUUCGCCGUACGGAGAUCGUCGUGGGCAUUUGGCUUGUCCAGACCCUCGGCGGCCAGAACCUGAUGGGGUACUUCUCCUACUUCCUCACGCAAGCCGGCAUGGACCCGAGCAACUCGUUCUCGCUCUCCAUGGGCCAGUACGCCCUCGGUAUGGUCGGCACCGCCGGGUCGUGGUUCCUCAUGUCGCGCGUCGGCCGUCGACGCAUCCAUUUCAGCGGUCUCUGCGCGCAGUUCUGUCUGCUCGUCAUCGUCGGCUGUCUCUCCUUUGGCGGAAACAAGGCCUCUGUGUGGGCCAUCGGCGGCGUACUCAUCGCGUUCACGUUCGUCUACGACUUUGCUGUCGGCCCAGUGACGUAUUGUCUCAUCUCCGAGCUGUCGUCAACUCGUCUAAAGGCCAAGACUAUCGUGCUUGCCCGUGCGGCGUACAAUGCUAGUAACAUCUUUGUCAAUGUAAUGACGAAUUACCAGCUGAGCUCAACGGCGUGGAAUUGGGGUGCUAGGACGGCGUUUUUCUGGGCGGGCAGCUGCUUGUUGUCGGCUAUAUGGGUAUACUUUAGACUGCCGGAGCCGAAGGGGAGGACAUACGCCGAGUUGGAUAUUUUGUUUGAGAAGAAGGUGGCCGCGAGGAAGUUUAGGAAGACCAAAGUUGAUCCUUUUGACUUGCGCAGUCAUGGUGAGAAGAAGAUGUCGCUUGAGAAGAUGGAGAGUCAUGAGGGGAAGGAAAUCGAGGCUUAAAGGAUGAUGUUAGAGAGAAAAGUCUGUUACCUGACUGAAAGCGACUCAAUGGUACAUUUGGUGCAUUU